UUCCUCCUCCACCUCUCAGCACCGUCUCUGGUUCCGUCCCGCCCCAUCAUACCGUCCCGGGCGUCUAGGAAUUGAAAGAGAAGUGGAGUUGGGAGGGAGCGAUGUUGCGAAAGUCACCUAAAAAUUGGGGCAGGGAAAGGAGGCUACAGUUAAGAAGGCGAGCAGGCUGCGGAAGUUACAGCGGAAAGGUUGGGAGGUCCGGUGGGUGCCCUAUCCCAGAGGAAAGGAAGAAGUGCCACCGCAGGAGUUUUUCCCUUCUCUGUUUCUAGAAGGUGCUAUCCAAAAACAUGGAACUAAUUUAUCCAGCAGGGAUUAUAAUCCUUGGUUGCGUUGCUCUUUUAUUAUUCCUUCAGUGGAAGAAUUUGAGUAGACCCCCAUGCAUAAGGGGCUGGAUUCCUUGGUUUGGAGCUGGAUUUGAGAUUGGGAAAGCCCCUCUAGAAUUUAUAGAAAAAGCAAGAAUCAAGUAUGGACCAAUUUUUACAGUCUUUGCUGUGGGCAAGCGAAUGACCUUUGUUACUGAAGAAGAGGGGAUUAAUGUGUUUCUAAAAUCCAAAGAAGUAAAUUUUAAACUAGCAGUGCAAAGUCCCAUCUAUCAUACAGCAUCAAUUCCAAAUAAUGUCUUCUUUACAAUGCAUGAAAAACUUCAUACCAUGAUGAAAGGGAAAUUAGGGACUAGCAACGUGUAUCGACUCACUGGACAACUGACUGAAGAACUUCAUGAACAGCUGGAGAAUUUAGGCCUUCACGGGACAAUGGACCUGAGCAACUUAGUCAGGCAUCUCCUUUACCCAGUCACAGUGAAUGUGCUCUUUAAAAAAGGUUUGUUUCCCACAAACGCAAAGAAAAUCAGUGAGUUCCGUCAGCAUUUUCAAGUUUAUGAUGAAGGCUUUGAGCAUGGGUCCCAGAUGCCAGAAUGUCUCCUAAGAAACUGGUCAAAAUCCAAAACAUGGCUUCUAGCACUUCUUGAGAAAAACAUGCCAGAUAUAAAAGCAUACAAAUCUGCAAAAGAUCAUUCCAUGACAGUCGUACAGGCUAUGAUGAACAUCAUAGAGAUGGAAAAAAAUGAACAAAACCAACCCAAUUAUGGACUCUUACUACUUUGGGCUGCUCUGUCCAAUGCUGUCCCUGUUACGUUUUGGACAAUUGCAUUUGUCCUCUCUCAUCCCAAUAUCUACAGGACCAUUAUGGAAGACAUAUCUUCUGUGUUUGGUGCAGCAGGUAAAGAUAAGAUUAAAGUGUCUGAGGAUGACUUGAAAAAACUCCUUCUGAUUAAAUGGUGUGUUUUGGAAUCCAUUCGUUUAAGAGCCCCUGGUAUCAUUGCUAGAAAAGUGGUGAAGCCGGUUAAAAUUCUGCUCCAGGAUCAGACAUCUUUUGGGUGCGUGACCUCAUUAAAACAUGCCUGUGCCGAAAAUUGUCUAUCUCAUCAGGAUCAUGUGUUAGAGGCCCCACUGAAUUACACUGUUCCUUCUGGUGACUUGUUGGUGUUGUCUCCAUUUUGGCUACAUAGAAACGCAAAGCAUUUUCCUGAACCUGAAUCGUUCAAACCUGAACGUUGGAAAAAGGCAGAUUUAGAGAAGCAUGCUUUCUUGGACUACUUCAUGGCAUUUGGAAGAGGGAGGUACCAGUGUCCUGGAAGGUGGUUUGCUCUGUUAGAGAUUCAAAUAUGUGUUAUUUUAAUAUUUUAUUAUUAUGACUGCAGUCUUCUAGACCCACUGCCAAAACACAGUCCUCUCCAUUUGGUGGGUGUCCAGCAGCCAGAAGGACAAUGCCGAAUUGAAUUUAAACGAAGAAAAUGACAUCUGCUGGGCCUAAGGAGGGCCAGGCCUUGUGGAGGAGUGACUGCCCCCAACCACCAGCUUGGCAGCAUUUAGAUCUGAGCUCUGCUAAAACACACUGCCUAACUUUGUUUUAGGAUUUAGUUCAAGAAAACGUCCAAAUGUUGUGUUUGUUAUCUCAAGAGUAGACCAAGAAUCUGACAUCACUCUCACUGAUGUAAAGACCCAAAUACAUGGUUUAUAGAAAAUGUUUAAAUGAAUUUAAAAAAUGAGGCAUUUCUUAAGAAGUUGGAAUUUGGCUUCAUGCAUAACUGUACUAAAACUUUAAAUAGAAAUAUGUCAUUUGAAUGAAAAUCUUAGUACAGUAAAUUCGCUGUGAAGACAACAUAAUUAAAUUUCUAUUUUGAAAAAGACUGAAAGUCUUAGACUCUAAAGAAAUAUUAAGUAAUGAUUUCUGGAAAAUUUCUAUUUUUUUAAUAUGAUUCUUAACUAGUAGUUGGAAUUCUUAAGCUCUAUUAAUAUAAUUCUUUAUUGUAAACAUUUCUAAUGCUAAAAGUCUGAAUAAAAUGAGAGCUUUCGGGGCUGGCCCCGUG